AUAAUCGAUCGAAAGUCCCAACGCUUCGAUAUAAGGGUGUAGGCAAAGAGCAUCGAAGCGUACUGGCUACGCUAUUAUCGAAUCGAAUAAGGCGCGCGGUGCCUCCUUCACCCGUACCCUCUGGCAGCACCAGGAGUCG